UGACUCUGUAACUGGACUCUGAAAGCGCUGCACCGGAAUCUGUGCCGGAAUCCCAGGGAACGCAAUGGAAAAUUUAUUCUCCGGGGUUCUCUGAAGAAAUUAACAACAAAUGUACUUCAAUGCCCCUCCUCACACCUCAAUUAUGCCUCAAUGUUCCUUCCAUUUCAGUGAAUAUGGUCGCCAUAACAAUAUGCAUAUUGUUUACAUGAUAUUAAAAUAUAAAUAUUGCUCAUUUAAGCAAUAUGGAUGGGAAAUCAACCAAGAUUAGAUCAACGAGAGAGAUUAUUGGACCGAUAUUUUGGAUUAAGGUACUUUAUAAAUUCCUCAUACUAUAUAAAAUUAUGAAUAUAUACUAUAUUUCAAUGAGGCUAAUUGAAACAUUUAUAGCUAAAUUUCAUUACUCAAAUACAACCAAUAAAAUGUAUUAACAAGAUUCGUACUCUGUUGUUAUUCUGACAGCUUGUUGGACUUGGCAGCGAAGGAGUUGGAAAAACAAGUCUGGUCAGAAGUUUCUGUGAUAAAAAAGUAUCAACUAAUUUCCACAUGUUUUAAUAACACAUGAUUUGUAUACUCUCCACCAUUAUUGAUCUUGCAAGAACUGAGUCUCAAUUAUUUUCUUAUAGUUUUCAAAAUCAUAUCAUGCAACUGUUGGUGUGGAUUAUGGUAUGUAGUAGAUAACAAGCCAUUGGUCGGUUAACCUGGGACCCUGGGUUAAUUAGGUGAUUUAGGCUAACUUUAUUAACUGCAUGCACACAGAAUGUUCACACAGCCAGGCACCAGGAGGACAUAUGUCAAAGAGCUGACCCAUAUAUGCUGACACAUGAUGGGAAUGGUCGAUAUGUACUCAUAAAUCAUAAUUGAUGACUGGGUACGAGUCAGGUCAAAGAGGACCUCUUUUGGGUUGGUCAAAUGGAAAAGUGAGGCUGUUGUAGUGGGAGAAAAUUUGUCGAAUAUGACCAGCAUAGGGGUUGGUUGGAUUUGUUAUAAUGAAGUGAUACAUGGGAAAAUAUAAUAAUUAUGUUUAACCCAUUAAGUUGCAUUGAGCCUCAAUGCACCCUACUUUAUUAUUUUAUCAAGAUGUUGUUGGCAUCCCACUUUUUGGCGGGGGUGCACCCUCCCAGAAAUUUAAAUGCUCAUUGGAUUAAAUGACACUAAUGUGAUUGAAAUAAGGAUUUUGAACUAAGUAAGACUAAAAACAAGGAUUUUGAGUUAAAUAUAAAAGAUUUUGACUAGCUUGAAAUGUCAGGCAUUCUCCCUGCUUUCAUGCCUGACAUUUCAGGCUAGGAUUUGACCAAAAAUCUCAAAAUUGGAUCCUGAUGGCUUGGCCCCCUUACCCCACCCCUGCUGCAGCUUGUCUGGCGAUGCUACACCCCCCAUCACUCAACUCCCCAGGGCUCCCCCUAAAUGUUCUGCACCCCCCCAGAGUAAAAUCUGAAAAUCUGUCUUUGAUCUCACUCGAUUGAAUAACAAUUGAAGGUAAACUUGUAGAUUGAAAUUAUCGAGUGGAGAUUUGUAUACAUUUAUUAGACCUAGCCAAAAACAGCUGCAAAAAGUGCAAUAUAUUUCCCUGGCAGGAAUCUAAAUGAUUUUACUCGUCAGGGGGAAAACAAUGGCACUUAAUGGGUUAAGUAAUAAUAAACAAUAUGUUUUCUUUCACUCACUAGCAUAUAAAUGCCAAGCAUAUGCAUUUAUUAUUUUGUAAAUAAUAUUCCAUUGAUCUUGUUUAAAGGUUUCAAAAUUCAUGAAUUGGAAGGAGUCGAAUGUAAGAUGUUUUAAUUAUGCUGUAAUGGUGUUCUUUUCUGUGUAUGUGACAGCAGGCAUAUAUUGCAAUACUGCAUGUUUGGCUUGUAUCUUUUAGAUCGUUUGAACUUUUGGGAUUUUGGUGGUGACACAGAUUAUCAGUUGAUCAGAACAGAACUUUAUAAAGACACCCAGGCAGGUUCAUCAUUUGUUUGAUAAAUAUCUUCGUAAUUAAAUACAUUAAUUAAUCCAUUGCACUCUAAUAGUCACCCUAUUUUAUUAUUUUACUUUGUCUAACGCCAGAUGAUUUUAUUCCUCAAGGGGAUUGAGUGCCAGCCCAUGCAUGGCAUAAAAUUAUUAUAGUUAUUUACACUCCUGAUUUUUCAGGGAUGUAUGCUCAUAUUUGAUGUGACAAACAAGGCAUCGUUUGACAAACUGGAUAGCUGGCUUCACGAAUUCCAUGACAACGGUGGGCAGGGGGCUGUAGUCACAGUUAUUGGCAACAAGGUACAUAUAGUAUAAGCUGUAUAUACAGUACUUUAUUUGUGGUGAAACAACAUGAUAGUGAAAUUUAAGGCAUUUAUUUUAAAACCAUAAAAAUUACAGCUGAACUUAUGAUGUGGUCAUGCGUUUACAAAGAAUAACUGAAGGAUAUUAUACCCAUUAUCCAGUUAACAUUACCUAAAUUGAAACAGUCUUUAAAGACCUUUUAAAACUACUGUGUUGUUUAUAGCUCUCUCAUAGGUAGUUAAAGAGUUCCACAAACUAGCUACUCUAAAAGAUAUUGAGUUUUUAACGUAAUCAGAUUAAGACAGGUGCGGGCGGUCCGUUUUUAUUAUCCAUUGUGGUGUCUGAAAGAAUCUAACACGACCCACUAUUCCAUUACCCUGAAGCCAGAGGGUGUUCGCCAAACCUAAAAAAACCUCUGGGCCAGGGUAUUAUUCCAUGAAAUAGAUACGCGUUUUAAAGAUCCCUUCAGCCAUGUUCCUACGCAAUGUUUUAGAUUUUUUUGUAUGCAGAAAUAAAGCUAGGAUGUUAACCUUAAAGGUGAUCUACAGUCCGAUCUGCGCAUGUGCACAAAUGAGCCCACUUUUUAUGAUACAAACAGUUUAACUAUGUUUUGAGUUCUUGAAAAGCCUGAUUGUUGUUUCUUGAUCAUUUAUUAUACUCUAGAAGCUUGAAAAUAUAAAUAGUUGUCGAAUAAAGCUCAAUAUUUUGGACACAAAAAUGUAAACAAAGACUUUGUUUACAUACGGACUGUAGAUCACCUUUAAUCGUUAUCAUGUUUUUACGUUCAAAAAUCAAAACUUAGUAAAAACGAACAAAAACAACAAUUCACGCUCUUUCACAAAAGUUUCAACAAUUUUAUUUCCAUUUUUACGUAUUAUAUCAUAAAUAUGUAUUUUCUUGAACGAUAGAUUAUUCGAAAACUGUGGAUUUUCGUUAUUCUUAGUCAAAUUUUCUUAUUCAAGGUCAAAUAAUGGAAAUAAAAUAAUGGACAAAUUAUGCGGCCAGUUCUAUACAGGGUCUCUUCUAUACAGGGCCGUGUUAUCGCGGCCAAAAGUGGAAAAACACGGCUAGAUAAAAUGAACGUGGCUUCACUAUUUAUAUAAGGCCGUGUAGGUUCAUAAAAUAUGGUGCAUACUACUUACAACAGACAGAAUUUCUUCCUAUUUACGUCGUAAAAAAGUUUGUAAAAUCUGCUGUUGUUGUUGAAUUGGCAAAAGUGAUUCGUGAUGUUUUAAUAUUUUGAUGGUAAUGGGAACUGUAUGGUGUUAAAAUGGUCUUAAAUACCCCCAAGAGUUGCUGAAAUAACUUAAUUUAAUAUUUUAAUGUCAGUGCGCAAUAUGAGCGUAAUGCUCGCGCCUUGUAUUUGGUUGCAAAGCAUAGAACAACCACAAGCAUUAUUGUUGGCGAGCAUAACUAGAACCGUGAUUUUGCUAUUCAAGGUAAUUGACAUGUGCACGCCCUGGUCAUUAGAAACACGCCCAAGAUCUAAAAUCCUAGCUAAGACCCUGGUUCUAUACACACGUAAAAACGCGCAAGUUUUUACAGGUCUGCAAACAAGUUAAUUAUUGUUGCAAAUCUGUUCACAAACUGUCGACAAGUUUUGUGUUCGUACUGCUUGUUCUUAUAGUUGUUGUAACAAGUUUGGAACAAGCUGUUAACAACUUGUAACAAGCUUGAUAAGGUUGUUCUAACAAGUCUGAUAUACAGUCAUGAUAUAAGAAGAAUGUUACAAGGUUGACGACACAAGGUUAUUAUAUCAUGACAGUAUCGGACUUCUUGCAACACUUUGCAACAAACUUGUUGACAACUUGGAACAAGCAGUGCGAACACAACCUGUUGGCAGACUUGCUACAUGAUGUGAGAUUUUUGGGAAACUAAACUCCAAUUUGGAGUGGCGACCAUGGUAACAUUUAUACGCUAAGCAUAGCAAAAAACGUCUAGACGUCACGUUUUAUGCAUUUUUUUCAACAAAAUGCUUCCUUACUAGAGUGCAGGCCUAGAAAAUAUAUAUAUCUUCCUGGCAGCAAAAUUCAAAAAUUAAAAUUUCCUGUGUAAGUCAACUAUAUAAAACGUCCUGCAUAUGUAAAUUUCAGAGAACAUGUGGAGUCGUGGACCAUAUGAUACCGCACAUCUCGACUUGCAAAAUGCUCGAAUUGGAAUUUUCAAACAAUAAGUAAAUUAUAUGGCACUCUUGCAUACAAGAUAACAAAAAUUUCCUGCAAGGUGCAAGAAAAUUUCCUGCUAAGAUAUUUGUUAAACAUUUCCUGGCAGCGGUGCUGCUGGCGCUGCCGGACAUUUUCCAGCACUGCUAGAGUGAUAAACUGAAUAGACACAUCAUGAUUCCUUACUGGAGUGAUAAACUGAAUAGACACAUCAUGAUUCCUUACUGGAGUGAUAAACUGAAUAGACACGUCAUGAUUCCUUACUAGAGUGAUAAACUGAAUAAACACAUCAUGAUUCUUUACUAGAGUGAUAAACUGAAUAGACACAUCAUGAUUCCUUACUGGAGUGAUAAACUGAAUAUACACGUCAUGAUUCUUUACUAGAGUGAUAAACUGAAUAGACACAUCAUGAUUCCUUACUGGAGUGAUAAACUGAAUAGACACAUCAUGAUUCCUUACUGGAGUGAUAAACUGAAUAUACACGUCAUGAUUCUUUACUAGAGUGAUAAACUGAAUAGACACAUGAUUCCUUACUAGAGUGAUAAACUGAAUAGACACGUCAUGAUUCCUUACUAGAGUGAUAAACUGAAUAGAAACAUCAUGAUUCCUUACUACAGUGAUAAACUGAAUAGACACAUCAUGAUUCCUUACUAGAGUGAUAAACUGAAUAGACACGUCAUGAUUCCUUACUAGAGUGAUAAACUGAAUAGACACGUCAUGAUUCCUUACUAGAGUGAUAAACUGAAUAGACACAUCAUGAUUCCUUACUAGAGUGAUAAACUGAAUAGACACAUCAUGAUUCCUUACUAGAGUGAUAAACUGAAUAAACACAUCAUGAUUCCUUACUAGAGUGAUAAACUGAAUAAACACAUCAUGAUUCCUUACUAGAGUGAUAAACUGAAUAGACACAUCAUGAUUCCUUACUAGAGUGAUAAACUGAAUAGACACAUCAUGAUUCCUUACUAGAGUGAUAAACUGAAUAUACACGUCAUGAUUCCUUACUAGAGUGAUAAACUGAAUAGACACAUCAUGAUUCCUUACUAGAGUGAUAAACUGAAUAUACACGUCAUGAUUCCUUACUAGAGUGAUAAACUGAAUAGACACAUCAUGAUUCCUUACUAGAGUGAUAAACUGAAUAGACACAUCAUGAUUCCUUACUAGAGUGAUAAACUGAAUAGACACAUCAUGAUUCCUUACUAGAGUGAUAAACUGAAUAUACACGUCAUGAUUCCUUACUAGAGUGAUAAACUGAAUAGACACAUCAUGAUUCCUUACUAGAGUGAUAAACUGAAUAUACACGUCAUGAUUCCUUACUAGAGUGAUAAACUGAAUAAACACAUCAUGAUUCCUUACUAGAGUGAUAAACUGAAUAGACACAUCAGUAUUGAAGAAGGGAAGAAAUGGGCAGCAAAAAAUGGAUGUGAUUAUUAUGAAACAUCAGCAGCCUCGAAAUCAGGUGUCAAAGAAAUGCUGGACGGUCUUUUAACGACAAUCAUAGAACGUAGAAUGAUUAAGCCAAAAUGGAUUGGAGAGGAAAACAAACAGAAGUAAUGCCAUGUAAAAAUCCUAAACUCCUUAAUAUACAAAUGUACAUAAUCUUUAGCAAUCCCGCCCAUAAUGCUCGGUCAGCACCAAAUUGACAUGACGUCAUUGUCGGAAGAGGUGUUAAAUGGCUAUGUAACUAACUCAACCCUACCCCUACGCUAACCCCUAACCCAUACUCUAACUCCUAACCCCAAUCCUUAUUCUAACACUAACCAAAUUAAUCAAGAAAACCCAAAAAAGAACCAACUGUAAAAAUUAAGAAAAUGACGUAACGUCAGUUUGAUGGUUGGAAACGAGUGAAAACCAAAAUGCUCACGUGGACAUAACACAUUCUUUGAUAUCCCAGUAUAUUCAAACCCACAUGCCUCGUUACCUGGACGCCUCGUUGCCUUGACACGUAUAUAUGCCUAAUCGUAGAGCCUCAACAGAAGCGCCUCAGUAACGACGAGAAGGAAAAGACGCGAUAAAACAACCAACUAUCGUCCAGGUUAAUGUGGCUCGUUCAUCCCAGAGACACGCAGCACGUCAUGACUGCUUUGGCUGACCGGCAGAUUUCUGGGGAGAAACAUCGCAAGGACAGCACAGUAAUAAGCUAGCUACGAGAAAAGGUCGUCUUUGCUCUCAUUCGUGUCCAAAUACUCUCACUGUAUUUGGAGAAGUCUGGGAACUCCACUUGGAGUCAGGGGCGCCGGAGCCGCGGGGGCAACUGCCCCCGUUGCCCAAACAUUGCGGGGGCAGCAUGGGGGCAACAGGUUGCCCUUUUUGCCAGAACUGCACCUUGUGCAUUAUUCUGAAAUUUGUGUAUUAUUCACAGGAAUUGGAAUUUAGAAUUAUUUUUAAGCAAUGUUUAAAGAUACGGUAUAGUCAGUAUGUAAACAAAGGAUUUGUUUACAUUUCGGUAUCCAAAAUAUAGAAUUUUAUUCGACAACUAUUUAUAUUUUCAUGAUUCUAGAGUAUAAUAAAUUAUCAAGACACAACAAUCAAGCUUUGCAAGAACAUAAAAUGAAAUAAAAACCUAAAUAAACUUGUAUAAUAAAAAGAGGGCUCUUUUGUUCACAUACGCAGAUCGGACUGUACAGCAUCUUUAAGCAAUCUUUGCUUAAUUUUUAACCAGUUGUAGUAAAAUUAAUUCUAAAUCAAGCAAUAUACGUAUGUCUGUUUACUGAUUUUAUUUUGCGCUUUUAGCACCGUGUAACGAAUAGCUAAAAAUCGAUCAACAUUUCGAAGUUUCCGAUCCGUAAUAGCCAGAAGUGAUCGAGUAUCCAUACAGUAAAGUUUUAACAAAAUCCAGGAAAAUGAUGGCUGAGAAGCAAGUGCCCUUUUGAAAUGGCUGCCCCCGCUUCACAUUGCUUCCGGCGCCUCUGCUUGGAGUCUUCUUAGACGAGACAUUACCGGAGAGAAAUUCUAACUUAUAAUUAAUAGACUUUAUAAAAACUACUUUGUUACUUAUAGGAAUUAAAUAUAAAUAUUUAUAUAUUUUAUUCUUCUUUGUUAGCCAUUGGCAUUUGUUUGGUG